CGUCUACGACGGAUAUCUCUCUCCGGGCCUAACUUGACUCGCAACACCCCAAAAGUUGAUCACGCCCAUCAUGACCUUUCUCCCAGCCAUCCGUGCCGGCUCCCGCCGAGCCAUGCAAUCCAGCUACACCAUCCCCUCCACAUCCGCAUUCCACACCUCCGCAACACGCCGCACCCUGAAAGAAAGCGACAAGAACCGUGAUGACCUGCCGAAUAUCUAUGAAUCAGAAAAAGACCGGCAGUUGAAGAGCACGAAGGAAGGAAAAGCCAGGUGGAAUGCCGAAUUGGCUAGCAACAGUGAAGCAGAUGUCAAGGCGGACCGAGGCGAAACUGGCGCCGAAGAUAAGGACUUUGAGGCGAUGCAGGAGAGAACGAAACAUAUUCCGAACAAGGGGAAGUAA